CGUGCACCAGGAAUCCGUCGAGAGCAUGGCGAGCGGCCAGAAGAAGCGCGAGGACAAGCGCUUCCACGGCGCAUUCACGGGGGGCUUCUCAGCUGGGUACUUCAACACUGUCGGGAGCAAGGAAGGGUGGACGCCGAGCACGUUCCAGUCGUCGCGGUCGCAACUGCAGGGGUCGUCGGUGGGCGGCGACGCCCCAAAGCCACGACAGCAACGGAUUGAAGACUUUAUGGACGAAGAAGACGAUCCGCUGCUGGGGCGGCGUCUCGGGUUGAAUGCGCAAUUCGAUCCGCUUGCUGGCGACAACGCGUCCCGCUACGAGUUCCAAGCAAAACAGGCCGCAACGGCGUCAAUCCCGGGCUUCAUUGUCGACGAUUUUAUCCAGCCGUCGCGGAGUACUAUCGGUACGACGUUGCUCGGAAAAAUGGGGUGGAAGCCUGGACAAGGCGUCGGCCCGAAGGUGCGCAAGCGAAAGUUCACUUCUCGAUUCACCGACGCGUUGCCACGGGACCAAGCCGACAGCGGCGACACCAUCUUCGUCGCACCCAAACACACGCUCGACAUCUCCACCAUGUUUCCGCCGCCCAAGCUCGACAAGUAUGGCGUCGGGUAUGACCCGUACGUAAACGCCCCCGAGUUUGGGUUUUUGCAGCGGCGCCGGCAGCAACAAGCCUCGCAGGCGGCGUCAGGUGGCCCGCCGCGCGCCAUGCUUACGUUUGCGGACUCGAUUCGGGCCGACAACACAGCUCCAUCAUCGAUGAGCCUUGGGCUGAGCGCCCUGGAAGAAGCUGACGAUUUGGAUGUGUACGCGAUGGACUCGAAGGACGCAUUCGACCGCGUUCUGGCAAAGCAGCCUUCUCGCGCCAUGCUGAUGGCGCCCCGCGACGAUGACGGCGACGACGAGGAGUCGGCGGCGUCGCAAGUGUGCAGCGACGGCAGUCUCGUCUUGACUGGGUUUCGGCUGAGUACAACGCGAUCGAAGCCACCGACCGUUCUCGUAGCCCACGUCGACGUGCCUCCCAACUGGGUCCCAACGCUGCAGCAUCUCAAACUCGCGCCAGUCCGCAAGCAGACCACACAGUCGGCCGCCGAUCGUGGCCGCGCGUUGGGGGAGCUCCCGCCCAAGCCACAAGCCGAGCGGCAGUUGCUCCAUUCGCAGUUCCGCGCAGGCAUGAUGGCCGCGAUAUCGAGUCGCUUCCAAUCGUCGUCGGCAUCGUCCGCCACGGACGAGAUGGGUGCGUCGCUCGCCCCUCGCAUGCAGAUGGAGCCCCUCGCCCGCCAAACCAAGCCAUGGAUGCCGGACAGACUGCUGUGCAAGCGAUUCCGCUUGCCUGUGCCGGACGCCGCCGUUGGCGACGUCCCUGCGAAGUCGACGCCGAAUCGCCGCUUUGAACACGAUAUCAUGGCGCAUGUUCCUGUCGGUGCCGGGGUCGUCGCGCACGAUCCUGUCGACGACCACGUGCUUCCCGACUUGCCGCCGCUGGAACGACCACCAAUGGACCUGUUCCAGUCUGUCUUCGACAAUCCAGACGACACGGAGGACGAUGACAGCAGCAGUAGCAGCUCGAGCGACGAAGCAGCGGAGACAACUGCCACGCCACCUGCUUUAGCACCACCACGUGCGCCCGUCGGUCCGGCACGCCCCGAGACAUUUCACGACACUUCCAAGAGAAAGGACGUCGAGUCGCCGUCCGAACGGGACGACCGCUACCGAAAGAAGAAGCACAAGAAGGACCACCGGGUGAAAAAGGACAAGAAGAAGCACAAAAAGCACCACCGAGCGUAGAAAGACGGUCCGUCGCCGCGCUGUCGACGUGCAAGCCACCACGGCACCCUCGAUGUAUAGGGUCUCUCUGUCGAACCAAACAUCGAUCGAUGGGUGCAGCAGCUUGCUCGUAGACCCGUCGAGUCUGGGCAAACUUCCUUGCGUUCGCCACGCAUUGGUACGGAGAGAUGCAGUUGGGACAACGCUGCGGCGGCACAUACGACCACACAGCACGGCUCCGUGGCGAGAUGUACCAUCACCAUCACGGUGAUUCGAUCGGCCCAAGUCGUUCGAUUACAUAUAUAUAUAGCAAGCUGUGUCUAACUGUCUAUUGAGGGGGUCGGUGGCUUAGUCGAA